CUGGGCCACGGAAGUCGUGUUAUUAGACGUGGCGGCGCUCGGUUCGUGCUGCUGACAGCCCUGGGCUGUGAUGAGGACACGGAGCGGCCUGCCCCCCGCGGGCUCGGGCCGCCCCCCGCCUCUAUAAGCGCUAUGCAAAGGCCUGUCCGGCAGCACGUUAAGCGGCUGUUCUGCCUGAUGGGCCGCAGGCCCGAGCUGCUGUGUGGGGCUAUAGCGCUGGGCAUCGCCCUCCUCGUGGCCCUCAGGUUCACCUGCAGCCGGGCUAAUGAUGUCGUUAUGCCAGCCAGACCACCAGUGCACUUUUUCUCUAAGAAAUCCUUUGUUUUGGAUCUUUUCCAUGGACAGCUGGAUUAUGCAGAACACAUUCGGCAGGACUCUGAGAUAACAAUGUUUUUCCUGUACGCCCCUUGGUGUGGACGGUCUAUCAUGGCAAGGUCUGAAAUCGAGGAAGUCGCUAAUAGGCUUUCAGACCAGGUACUAUUUGUGGCAAUCAACUGCUGGUGGCACCAGGGCACGUGCAGGAAACAAAAACACUUCUAUUAUUUCCCCGUGAUUAACUUGUAUCAUAAGAGUUUUGGUCCCAUUGAGUACAAAGGACCAUUGACUGCUGCAUACAUUGAGAAGUUUGUUCGACGAGUAAUGAGUCCACUAUUAUACAUUCCAUCUUUGGCAAAACUAAGGAAAUUCCUAUCACACUACGAGCCUGGUGUUCUAGGAUAUUUUGAGUUCAAUGCCUCACCUCAGCCUCCUGGCUAUUUGACAUUCUUCAGUUCAGCAUUGCAUUCCUUACAAAAAGAUUAUGUAGAAACCAUCCGUUUUGGAGUGAUUACUGAUCGUAAACUUGCCAAGGAAAUCUCCCUCACCAACCCAGGAACUGUGUAUUUACACAGGAAUCUCAACUCUUCCUUGGUGUACCCAGACAAAGAGAGAAACUUCACAGCUGCAAAUAUCUGCAAUUGGGCUCUAGACAACCGGGAAUCUCAACUUCAUUGGCUACGACCUCAUGGAGGAAAAAGUCUUCUACUGGACAAUGAGCUAAAGAAAGGCCCUGCUCUCUUCAUUUUCAUACCUUAUAAUCCUUUAUCUGAAAUACAUCCUCUCCUGGAUGAGAUUGCUGACCUUAUCCUUAAGUAUAACCGCUGUACCCAAAGCCUAGCCAUUGAAGAUGAUCAUAAGCAGCAAAAGCACAACAUAAAAUCGGAACUUUUAUCUUCAUCGGAUACAAGUUCAAAUGUAGAAGAGACCUAUAGGACCUUUUCCUGUUGUAAUACAGUGGUUCUCCCUCAGUGGUAUCAGCUCUCUAAGGUCCACAAUGUCUGUGAGUUGUGUGUUAAUCAGACAAUGGAUAUUAAACCAAGCAAAGCAAGACUGCCUCAGUGUAACUUUCUGGAGAUUACGGCUGCAUUGAAUUCUUUCUACCUCAAAGAACAUAUUUUUAUGGGUUUUAUGUCUCGCGUCAAAGAGUGCAGCAAUUUCCUUAGUUUCUACAGUCCCUUUAACCACUAUACUGCAUGUUGUCAAACCGUACAUAGAGAAUCGAUUUCUUCCAUGUUAAACCUUGAGAACACAAACUUUGCAUUUGCUUCCCAUUGGAAGAACCCCCUGAAGAAUUCUCCAAAUAUAGUGCCUCACAUUGAGGAGAAGAGAUUUAUAAAUUCUACCUAUCACAAUGGGGGUGGAGGUAUUAAUGGCCUCAGGUGUAGGACCAACAAAACCUUAAAUCUUUAUCUGUUGGAUUCCAAUUUGUCUUGGUUUUAUGCUGAGAGGUUGGGGGCAACAACUGGGGUGAGCUUUAGAAAGACAUUUGCUACUAUUGUUGAUAUGAAGGAAGAAACACACUUCGUUCUAGACCAGAGUCAACCACUCCUCACAUCAAAUCUAGAGGCUUUUAUACAGAACUUCAGCAAAGUUUACAGUCCCUUACAAAGGCAUCUUGUGGGUGACACUUCUUACCACGUGUCACAACAGCAAUUGAUUACGGAAGUUACCUCAAGUACAUUUAGUCGCAUUGUGCUGGAGAUGAAAAAGGAUGUUCUUUUGCUAUAUUAUACAUCCUGGUGUGGCUUCUGUGCAUCUCUGAAUCACCUUUUUCUUCGACUCACUCAACUCCUUGCUACAGAUAGCAUCAUUGUUGCAAGGAUUAACAUUGCACAUAAUGAUCUACCGUGGGAGUUUAUGGUUGAUCGUGUUCCAACAAUCUUGCUAUUUCCUCAGAAUAGGAAAGACCAAAGUGUAAAGUAUCCAGAUGAUAAACAGAUUACUCUUUCAAAUCUCUUGAAAUUCAUUUUACAACAUGCCACGCUGCCUUCUACAACAAGUUGUACACCUUCGUCUUGCCCCGAACACUACCUGCAGUAUAAAGACGAUCACAUUUCCUAUUUGGAAAGGGAGAUCCUUCGACUUAGGACUGAAAUUGAGGUUCUGCACAAGGCCCAGCAUCAGCUGGCAGGACAGAUUUCAGAGGCGAAAAAGGAUGUGCGUAUGUUAAAAGAGCAGAAACACAGACUGGAACAACACAACAAUGCCCUGGAGAUUCAUAAAGGACAAUUACAAGCACUCUAUGAACAAAAAACAAGGGAAGUUGGAACACUGGCUGAUAAACUGAAGGAGCUUGCAAUUGCUUCAGAAAGGCUUCUCUCUGAGAAUGCUCUGCUCAAGAUCCUUAUGGCAUCACUGGAGGCAAAAGGCAAAUUAAAUCCAGUACCGGAGGAAGAGGGUGGUAGCUUAGCCUUGGACGAUGGAAGUAGGCCUGUUCUGGAAAAGAAAUGCUGUUACUAAAGAAAGAUCUGGAAUCUCAAAGAGCACUGGAAAGAAAAA